GGGGAAGUAUCAGGCUGCUCCCCCUGUACUAAUCAGUCUGUUGUUAGAGUCCCGGGACACACACAGGAACCAUGAGGCUGCUACUGGGCUGGGGGCUGCUCUGCCUCCUAGUGCUGCUGCAGCUGGAUGAGGGCCACGGAAAUACCAGGAGUGAGCACCAGUUGAUAUCUUUAGUGAAGGAUGAAAAUAGCAAACGUCCAUCCAAACCCAAACCCAAGCCCAAACCCAAGCCGUGCCCAGGCUGCUUCUCAACCCUUGAUGACAAAACUUUGAGCUUAAGAAGUCAAAAAGAAUUGAUAGUGACUGAGGAUGAGCAGAACGGGCAGUUUUUGUUAUCGAGAGGGAAGAGGACUACGGAAAAAAAGAAAGAAAAAGACAAGCCCCCCAAGAAAUGUCCAGGAUGUUGGUCAGCCUUCUCGCGACCGGAGCGAACUCGAAGGCACCAGUUGAUUUCUUCAGUGAAGGAUGGAAAUAGCAAACGUCCGUCCAAAACCAAACCUAAAACCAAACCUAAGCCCAAACCCAAGCCGUGCCCAGGCUGCUUCUCAGCCCUUGAUGACAAAACUUUGAGCUUAAGAAGUCAAAAAGAAUUGAUAUUAACUGAGGAUGAGCAGAACGGGCAGUUUUUGUUAUCGAGAGGGAAGAGGACUACGGAAAAAAAGAAAGAAAAAGACAAGCCCCCCAAGAAAUGUCCAGGAUGUUGGUCAGCCAUGUCGCGACCUCGAAGGGAUACUCUGACUGUUGGAGAGGACAAGGAAGAGGGAGGACAAAACAUGGACCAUAUGAGGAAGAAAUCAAAGAGAAUGAAAUUGUGCCCUGGAUGUUUGGCCCAUCUGAAAAAAAAACACAGGACAAGACCUGCAGAAGGGGCUGGGCAUGAGAUAGCGGAUGAACACAAACAGGAUUUAGCAGAAGGAACAAUGGACAAAAAGAAAAGGAAAUAUAAAUCUAAGGGAAAGUGCUCUACUUGCUCCAUAUCCCGGAUACUAAACCGCGACAGACAAACGUUGCCAGGCUUUAUAUUGACUGAGAAAAGGAACAAGCGCCAAAGUAUGGAGAGUGCUGAACUUUUGCUGAGGCCACGUCCUGACCCAUUAAGCCUGAAUUAUGAAGAAAAAUCAUUAAUGAAACGAGAUGCAGAGGAUGAAGAGAAGAUCGCUGGUACCGAGACGGAGGUAAGGCAACUGGACAUUUCACCAACUAAGGAGCCAAAGAGAGAGAGAAAUCGCAAGAGAGAACGGAAAAAUAAAGAGAAGCAUCAUGGCAGACAUCGCGCUAAACUUUAUAUCAAACAACACGGUAGACACCGUAACAAACAUCUCAGGCACGGAGAUCAGCAGAGACCUCUUCCUGGACAAUUUGGGCCAAUAGGGAGAGCGCCAGAAUUCAUUGAGAUAGAUGUGCCUGAUUUUCAGGAGGAGGCUUCACUUGGGACCACAGGGAGCCAUAAAAGAGACAAGGGCAAUAGGAAAUCAAAACACAGAAUGGAUCACCAACCUGAAUCACUGACCCUGAUGGAUGGAAAGGAUGACUCUCCCAGUAACCCAGGUCAUCGCAAACGGGAAGGUAGGAGAAAUCACCAUCGUGGCUGGCUAUCCGCACUGGGGACACAGGAUGGAGAGAAACUUACUCUUUCUGAAAAUGUGGAUUUAGCUGAAAAGGCAGCGUAAGGCAAGAACAGCGUAUGAUGUGCAUAGAGGAUACAGCUGAUUCAUCCCACCAGCCCUGAUUAUUGCAUUAUAUCAGAGUGAGCUCGGCUAACUUAUCUUGUGAAUAUUGUCACCCUCCCUGAUGUACAACAAAUAUUUACUGCAGACCACCCACCUCAGUGACCCCAACCCAUAAUAUAAAUGGAGGUUGCAAAAAAGAAGGCUCUCGCCAUGUUCACUAUCAUAUGUUACCGUCUUGUGCUCACAGCCAUUUAGGUCAGGAUAUAGUCUGGCACCAAAGUUACAAUAUGCCAUUUUAUCAGUUUUUUUAUAUAUCUGAUUGUUCUGUAAAUAUUAUAUUGCUAGUGAGCAAACAGUGCUCAGCAAUACAUGUAAGCUUUAUUAUUCUGCUUAUCAUGCCCAUGGCAAGUCUACUGGAUGGUUACAUGCCGUAUAUCCGAGGCAUAUGUGGGUCAUGUAAACCCAGUAAUAUACACACACCUAAGCACAUUUACCUGCAGCACACACACAUAUAACUGUACAUAUACAUACAUUAACACACAAAUGCAUACCAAAAACACACACAUACACCCAGUCAUAUACACACAUUAACACACAAAUACAUACCAAAAACACACAUUUACCUGCAGCACAAUCACGUUCACAUUUUUACAUAUAUACACACAUAAAUACAUAUAUAUAUAUAUAUAUAUAUAUAUAUAUAUAUAUAUAUAUAUAUAUAUAUAUACACACACACACAUAAGUACACAUAUAUAUAAAUAAAUAAAUAAAUACACACACAUAUAUAUAUAUAUAUAUAUAUAUAUACACACACAUAAGUACACAUAUAUAUAAAUAAAUACACACACACACACACACACACAUAUAUAUAUAUAUAUAUAUAUAUAUAUAUAUAUAUAUAUAUAUAUGUACACAUAUAUAUAUACACACAUAAAUACAUAUAUAUAUAAAUAAAUAAAUACACACACAUAUAUAUAUAUACACACAUACACACACACAUACAUAAGUACACAUAUUUAUAUACACACAUAAAUACAUAUAUAUAUAUAUAUAAAUAAAAAUAAAUAAAUACACACACACACACAGACACACACACACACACAUAUAUAUAUAUAUAUAUAUACAUACAUACACACACAUAAGUACACAUAUAUACACAUAAAUACACAGACUUGCCAAAAAACCCCACAUAUGUUCAAACACAAACGUGCACAUAUAGAUACACACUCACAGAAACAUGUACACCCAUAUUGAUACACGAACAGUGACACAAAUACACUUACAUUAGCUAAACCUGUCAGUUGCAGGGCUGGCACUGCAAUGUAGAUAAAUGACAAUUAUGACUAUUUUUAUAUUUAGAUACUCGUUUUUUUUAUUCUAGAUUUAGUUGUCUAUAUUACUAUUAUUCAAUAUCGGUCUAUUUGUUAUUAUUUGUCUCUGUCUUUUUUAACUGUGUUUUUUAUGAGAUACCAAAAUCAAAAUAUGCCUGAACAGGCUGAUGCAAAACCGUAAGCCGACUUAACGCGUUAAACGUUUUAUUAGAGUGAAAACAAAGAGCGCUCACAGUCUCAGGGUUAUAUCGCUCUGACACACAGCUCCAGUAUCUACGGUAUCGUCACAGAUAUUCUUAUAUUAUUGUAGGAGCACAUUUACUGUAUAACGAAUUAGUCAAAUAAAACAUUUUUUGCAUGAAA